AUGUGGCGCAGGCUAUUGGCUUGCGCCUCUCUACUAUGUUUAUCAUAUUGUUUAAUUGUAACAAAAGCUUCUGAUAAUGUAUCAUUACACUCAACAGUACAUUUACCCGAAUUACCUAAAAGUUAUGAAGAGAAGCUUCAUCAAGAGGAAGCAGAUAAGUUAUGUAAUGAGAAUCCUCCAAAGAGUCGAUUACCUAGUAAGAAGGAACUCGACAAACUUCUCAGUCAGUCAGAAAGCGACGAUCAUAAGUUUCCUGAACAUAUAAGAAAGAAACGUCAGCUAUCUCGACAAUCGUAUCAGACGUAUUUGGAUAAUCUCGGAAGAGCCGAUUAUGAUGUGCGUAUUGAAGAAGGUUGGGUGAACAUUAUGUAUCCUUUUGGAGAAUGGGCUCGCGAUGAUCAGCUUAUGGGUCAAGCUGGUCGUGAAACUCAAGCAAACCUUGGAUUCGAUUGCCCCUUCUUUGGUUAUCGGUUCAAUUAUACAUUUGUAUAUCCAAUGGGAAUGGUUUCAUUUGGACAGCCACCAUAUACAGCACCUCCAUGGACAUUCCCCAAUCCUGCUUGGCCAAAGCAAAGGGAUCACAGUUUCAUUGCUCCUUACUAUGCUGAUGCCAUGUUCCAAUGGAUUGGAAAUACUAAGAUCAGUAAUGUGUUCUACCGAAGUGUUCAUCGUCCUCGUCUUGAUGACGAUGAAGUUUACGGAGCUUCCUCAAACACAAACUAUGGAGCGCCCAAUUAUCAGAACGGGCAAUCACCAUAUGUACAAACAGGAGUUUCUCAGAAUCUCAAUCCUUUGACAAACACUAACCAGUUCUAUACCCAACAACAACAACAACAGAACAUGUUCCAAACAAACACUGGAUUCCGUAAGAAGAGACAAAUGCCAACAAGAGUUUCUCAACCCGGAAUGGUCAUAGAUCCUCUUCUUUUGGAUAACAUCACUCGAGAUGUCCAGGAAGGAUAUACUGGGGCUAAUGGUUGGAGAGCUGAACAUGCUUUCAUUGUAACAUGGUACAGGAUGGCUUAUGGAGGAGCGCCAAGAGCCUUGGAUGUCUCACAGUUCGAGCACGUUAAGGAUUGGCAGAACACUUUCCAAAUGGUCAUUGCCAGUGACGAAAUCAGAACUUUUGCUAUUUUCAACUACGCUCGUUUGAAUUGGACUACUAGUAAUGAAGCUGGAGGUUUGAAUGGGUUCGGAGGAAAGCAAGCUGCUGUUGUGGGCUUCAAUGGUGGUAACGGUACCGGAUGGUAUCAACUUCCUUACUCAGGACAUGGUCGUUCAUGGAAAUUAGGAUACUUCUCAAACGUACUCACACCUGGACGGUGGGUUCAUCGUGUUGAUGAGCUGAUUAUUCCUGCUGGAUGUACGAACGCUUCAAACGGUGGAAUGCUAACAGCCCCUCCCUGGGGUCCUAUGAUGGGCGGUGUUGCCAUUAAUGUCUCUGGCCCUUGUCUUAGAGAGAAGGAUAACAUAAAGGUUAACUUUGAAAAUUGGCAAGUGGAUUGUAAGAGAAUCAGUAGAGUGAGAGCUAGAUGUGUGAUGCCCAUGUUCCACAAAACGGGUUUAGUACAAGUACGUAUGAGUCGUGAUGGAGGAAACAGUUUCCCAUUCUUUGGAAAGUUCUACAUAGUUGUUCCUGAUAGAUUCCCACCCACUGUUGCUUUGAAAAAUGAUGUGGACGAUGUUAACAAUCGAUGGUAUCUACCGUAUGCUGAUGAGUUGACAAUGGGCUGGCAAGCACUUAACUUGACAUGGAACACUGGAGCAAGGAUAGAUAUCAACCUUAUAGGGUAUUGGGAAGAUGCUGAUAGAUCUCAUUAUGUAAAAGUUGACUCAAUAGCUAAAGGAAUUUCUAACAGUGGAACUUACACGUUCAAGCCUCCCCAACUGCAAAGACAGAACAUGUUGAAGAAUGCUUGGAAGAAAUUCCACUUCGGAUUUGUUCAAGUCGCUCUGACUGAUCAAGAUGAAGGAGUAUUAUGGAGUCGUCCAACUCCAUUCCCUUGGUAUUACCUACCCGAUUGGAGACGUCAUUAUGGUAACAACUGGGCCAUUGAUAUGUGCAUCGAAUGGUUCGAGUACGAUGGAAAAAGAAGAAACUUCCAAAUGGAUUUGACGAAAGAUCUUCCAUGUCCCUGCAAGCUCUCUCAGGCUAUGCUUGACUUGGGUCGUUUCAUGCCAAUCAUGGACUGUGACAAAGAUGGAGAUACCUCUUGUCCUUUCAAUAAGGGAGCUCAACAUUGUAUUCAAUCACAACAGACAAGUGCUAUUGGAGCUGCUCAACAGUGCUGUUAUGAUUAUGAUGGUUACCUCAUGUUCACUGAUGAUUGGGAACCUGAUGGUGAUUACACAAGAUUCUUCCAACCUGGAACUCCAGCAAGAGCUCACAAAGUUGGAGCACCUCCAUACAAGCAGCCACCUUUCAUUCCUACAAUGUCUAACUAUCAAUUGGAUCUUCUGCCUUAUAGAACAUGUUGCGAUUAUGCUCAGCAUUGCGAAUUCUAUUACUGGCGUCGACAAACUAACGGAUGUCAACAGUAUAAGGCACCGGCUGCAGGCUAUAUCUACGGAGAACCUCAUGUUGUUACAUUCGAUGGUAUCAAGUAUACUUUCCCAGGAAAAGGAUACUUCGUACUCGUGAUGAGCGAUGAUCCACGUCACAAGCUUAUGAUCCAAGUUCGUUUGGAGCAGCCUGAUGACACUUUAUGGCAUUCCCAUGUGAACGCAACUGUGAUCACUGGUGUUGCUAUCAAGGAAGGCGACGGCUCUCUCGUCCAGAUCUUUGCCAGAAAGUCAAUGAGAAGAUGGAGAUACCGUACUGACGUCUACGUUGAUGGUGCUCGCAGAUUCUUCGAUGUACCACAUUGGAAACAUCAAGUGUUCAGAAAUGUUGAUCUUCGUAAUCCACUCCAAAACAUGAAUCAAUCUGAAAUCAUUGUUAUGCUGAAAUCUGGAUUAGGAGUACGAGUUCAGGAAUCGUUUGGAAUGCUUGAUGUGAUGGUGACUCUUCCUCCUACCUAUAACACAACUUGUCGACCUGGACAAUCUAUGAAUUCUGCUUUGAACACUCAAGCUGAUGACCCAACUCGCCGUUGCUACACAACCUUGGGUCUGAUGGGAACGUACAACAACGAUCCAAACGAUGACUUAACAACUCCUAGUGGACAGGUGAUUCGCGUUCAAGGUGAUACUCAUACAGCCAGUACAACACAAAUGAUUUAUGACCAAUUUGGUACCACAUGGAGAGUUGAUGGUAAAAAUGAUAAGAUCGGACCUGUUCUUUUCUCUGAUAGCUUCAAGCCUAUUUACAAUCCCUUGUUGUUCGCUUCCUCGGAUUACACACCUGUCUUCUGGCCUACUGACUAUCUCGACCUAAAUGCUUCCAGAAUUUUCACAAUGGAUCAGGUUGUGAGUACAUGCCAAGGUACUCCACAGUGUGAGUACGAUUACAUUCUUACCGGACGGCGAGAAGUUGGUAUCACCACUCUCAGAAAUCAGAAGAACUUCUAUAAUUUGCAAAAGGCAGGAACGAAACAACUUAUAUCUUGUGGUCCACUAGUGAAACUGGAAGGAGUCAUUAAGACUCCCAUAUCUGCUAACUACCUUGAUGGAGAUACUGUUACAUUCUCAUGUAAGCCUAAGUACUACAUUCACGGAGAUAUCGAAAGAACUUGUCGAAAUGGAACUUGGUCAAGAGGAUGGUGGGCCUGGUGCCGAGAUCGUAACCUUGAAUAUGCUUUGAAAUGGAUGACAGCUCUUCUUUCCAUCUUCGGUAUUGUUAUGUUGUUCGUUAUGAUCUUCUGCUGCUUGUGGAGCGUUCGUAAGAAGAAACAAGCUGAUUACUUACAGCGCUUGGAAGAGAAACAACCAUUGGAUGACUUCUCCGAUAGUCCAUUACCGCCUAAGCUUGAGCCCUUACCUCCAACAACUCAAUUAAAUUAUUAUAACGGAGGACCACAACAGGCUGAAAACGACUUAAGAAAUAAUGUAUAUAAUCAGGAGCCGCCUCGUGGUGGUUCAGGAUUCAACGCAGGAUCACAACAGGGAGGGAAUGACUUGAGGAAUAAUGCAUAUAAUCAGGAACCUCCUCGUGGUGCAUCAGGGUUCAACGGAGGACCACAACAGGGCGGGAAUGACUUAAGGGGCAAUGUAUAUAAUCAGGAACCUCCUCGAGGUGGUUCAGGAUUUGGCUCAAAUCGUGCUACAGGCUUUAAUGAACCAUUUGAAGUUCGAGGAAGUACUGGAGGUUUUAGUAAUGCACCAACAGUACGAACAAAUUGGGUGGAAGGACCUACAUACACAACAACACGAACAGAAACCAUUCCAGGAAGGACAACGUUCUUCGAACAAUCGUCCAUAUAA